GCACAUAUAAACAUAAUCAAAAUUAAGUACCUACGCAGUAAAAAUAAUUAAGUUAUUAAAUCACCUAAGUAAUUAUAUUGUUUUGUUGUGAAGUUUUAUAAGUUACCUACCAUUACAUAUUUUAGUAGAAUACUUAAUUUAAAAUUCUGCUUCUUAACGUAACAAAAUCUAGUUCGAAUCAGGUAAUAACAAAUAUCUACAUAAGGAAUAAUAUAAUAAGGUUUAAUAGUAGAUAUGCAAAAUAGCUAGCUACUUGGGUUAUCACAAAACAUGAGCCCACUAUCGACUAAGUAACUACUUAACGCUGCUGUGCUAGUGCUAUAAUGUAGGUAAUGACUAGUUACCUACCGGUUUGAUAUGCGAGCGCGCCAUGCAAAAAAUUUCGCCGCUAUACGGAGCGAAGGCAACAAAGUGUUCAGCGAAGCUACAUAGCAUGGAAUCUCGCGAACAUAAUAGUGAGGAAUGCGACCGUACGGCGUACAAACGCUGUAUUCCCACACACGCGCAUGUGGCCGUACAGGCGUACACCGUGAUAAGAGCACGAUAAAACGACGCCCGAUUAGCCAAUGUUGACGGUGACCCCGUACUUAUUCCUUCAAUUGUAUCGAAACCGCGCAGACUCUUGCCUAGACAUUUUAAAUUUCUCUCGAAAACAUCACACGGUAUAAUGGAGAAGGUGGAAUCAGCAUUGGACGUGCUGUCACGUGCUGCCACGAUGGUGCAGCCGUGCCCCGCCUACCCAGCCAGCGACUCAGACAGCUUUGAGACCCCAAGCACGGCGUCAAGCGGCGAGUCUGAGGGCGACCGCACUCUGUCUCCGGAGGCGCCGCGCGCGCAGCCCAAGGAGCUCACCGGCAAAUGGCGCAGGGAGAGGCGGUCCACACGCCUGCCUGACUACAGACCAAGGGAGAACGGCAAGAUGGCGCUACGGUCGCAGUCGUUCAAUGAGCGACGAAGCGUGGCUUCGGUUGCGCGCGCGCAGCCGCACAGCGAGGGAGAGCUCUCCGACGAGACCGAUGAGGCGCCGGCCAACCUAGCUAUUAAUGGAAAACGAGCGCCGCCAGAGUACCCGGGCAGCAAGCACGAAGCGCCCAUCGACAUGCGUCUGCGCUCGCGACCGGCGCCCCCGCCCUACACCAGGCCCUCGGUCAUCACCAAGAGUAAUGAUACACCACCAGGUUCCAUGUCAAUGUGCGAUCCAGUUAUCGACGAACAUUUCCGGCGUUCACUGGGCGACGACUACAUGAACUUAUUUAAGAAGAACAACCCGGAGAGCACACCACCUCCAGCAAAACCUAACAUGAAGGACCGCGCCAGCAGCCCCAUACAGUUCAAGACUGAGGAACUCCCUAAACCAGCGAAAAUCAUUGCUAUGGAAGUCGACGACGCAAGUAUGUCCGUAGAUGAUCACUUUGCGAAGGCCCUCGGCGAUACCUGGAGGCAAAUUCAGACGUCGAGAUUAAAAGACAAUGAAAAAGUACAGCCGAGCAAGGGCCGCGUCGACGACCACUUCAGCAAAGCCCUCGGCGACACGUGGAAACAGAUACAAUCCUCCAAACUCAACUUAGACGCGGAUAAUGAGAACCCUAAGGAUCAAACGACGAAAAUUAUUUCAAGGAGUGGAGUGGUAAUAUAAUAACGGUUGUAAGCAGCUGGGUGGUUCGCUUUACGACCUUGUUAAAUUUACGAGGUAUUAUCGUGGUACUAACUGAAGUAUCAAUAAAUUCCCACUUGUUUUACAUAAAUAAAGCUAUUAUUUUGAUACUGAGUACGGAGUGUAGGGCGUGUGCCAGUUCUCAGGGGGUUUCAACACCGUUGAUAGUAGCAAACUAUAUUACUAUAAAAAUAUUGUUACUAGCACUUAAAUUAUUGGCACUCGCCGUUUGUUUUCGUAGUCUUUUUAACAUUUCGAAUCAAUAACUCGUGAUAACAGAUUUGAAGCGCAUUUUUGCGCCACGCUAAUAGCUUAUAAUUAAUUUAAUAAUAGUCUUGUUAUUAACGUUGUUGCAGUCGAUAUAAAGGCACUUUAAUUUAAAAUAAAAACUGAAAUCCAUGACAAUUCUGUUACCUUAGGUUUUGGGUAAUAUUUUUGUAUUGUUAUUUAAUUGUAAAUGAUAUAUGAAUAGUCAAUUAGUCACCAGUUACACAUUGUAAGUUAUUACCUCAAUAUGAGCGCUUUUGCACAAUUCACUAAUAGUUUAAGAAAUGAUGUUGUAAAUAAUAGUCAUGGUGUGAUUGGAAUAUGAUGGCACGGAUGUUUAUGAAAGGCGAUGUUAAAAUGUCUGAACUAAUUGUUUCUUCAACAUUAAAUGUUCCUUGUGUAAAAUGAAUGUGUGGUAUAGAGAUGUAACUUGUAUGAUUUUACAUCUGACGUUGUAAAAAUGAAAAAUAUUUUAUUUUGAUAUUGAAUUAGAAAUUGUAUGACUUUUUUAGGAUACAUGGAGAAAUUAAGAGAAGCUUUUUGGGUAAAAUAAUAAUAUUAUAAUUAUAUUAUCUUUGUCUUUUGUGAUAUUAUUAUUUUUCUCACAAACUUUCGAUGUUUGUUUAUUCAAGAGGCAGCUGGCUGUCUUCUUGCGUCCUACGACUUAGUAUUUAAUAUACUUUGGUUUGAUGUAUGUAAAUAACGUUUUCCUAUUUAUGCACUGUAAUUUAAGAAUAAUGUCGUUAAAGACGAGCAAAUACACAUAGCCUUUAAAA